GAGACAAGAAACAUCCAUUGUAAGGAAGAAAAACACAAUCUUCACCAACAAAAGCGGCGUUGAUUCUCCGAUUUCACGAGACAAGAAAAUCUCAAAGUUUCUCGUUUUUAGGGUUUGCGAGAUACAUUGGGUUUUCUUUCGAGUCAUGGGUUUAGAGAAGAAAUCUGCAUUGUUGGAAGAUUUAAUAGAGAAAUGCGGCGGCUGUGCGGUGGUCGACGGCGGUUUCGCAACCCAGCUCGAGAUUCACGGCGCCGCCAUUAACGACCCUCUGUGGAGUGCCCUAUCUCUCAUCAAAGAUCCUGAACUCAUCAAGCGGGUUCAUAUGGAGUAUUUGGAGGCUGGUUCAGACAUUGUGGUUACUUCAUCUUAUCAGGCUACAAUCCCUGGCUUUCUCUCAAGAGGACUGUCGAUGGAAGAGAGCGAGUCUUUGCUACAAAAGAGCGUGAAACUAGCUGUUGAAGCCCGUGAUAGAUUCUGGGACAAAGUCAGCAAAACCUCAGGACACAGCUAUAACCGAGCUCUUGUAGCUGCUUCUAUUGGUAGCUAUGGAGCUUAUCUCGCUGAUGGCUCUGAGUACAGUGGAAGCUAUGGUGAGGAUGUAAGCUUGGACAAACUAAAAGACUUCCACAGGAGGAGAAUCCAAGUCCUAGUGGAAGCUAGUCCAGAUCUUCUCGCUUUCGAAACCAUACCUAAUAAACUCGAGGCUCAGGCGUGCGUUGAGGUGCUGGAGGAAGGGAAUGUGCAAAUCCCAGCGUGGAUCUGCUUCACAUCUGUAGAUGGUGAGAAUGCUCCUUCAGGUGAGAGCUUUGAGGAAUGCCUUGAAACCCUUAACAAAAGCAACAACAUUUGCGCUGUCGGCAUUAACUGUGCACCUCCUCAGUUCAUGGACGAUCUGAUUCUCAAAUUCUCCAAGCUGACCAAGAAGGCCAUCGUUGUGUACCCAAAUAGUGGAGAGGUUUGGGACGGGAAAGCCAAAAAAUGGCUGCCAUCGCAAUGCUUUGGUGAUGCUGAGUUUGAGAUGUUUGCACCGAAAUGGCGUGAGCUUGGAGCUAAACUUAUAGGAGGAUGCUGCAGGACUACACCUUCCACCAUCAGAGCUAUCUCCAGAGAUUUGAAACGAAGAUGAGUUCCCUCAGGGAAGAAAAGAUUGAAAGAUUUCACUUCUUUUAAUUCGUUUGACGACUCAUUCUUAGGGCUUUUAUUUUAUUUAUGGACUGUGUUGUUUUCUUGCCUCUCAAGUUUCCUUUGUUGUUUCAUGAUAUGUAUCCGUAAACUAGGCCUUGGGCUUUCUCGUAUGAGUGCCCAUAUAUGAUAAUUUUUUUCCUUUC